CUUUCGCUACUUUCGCAUGCUUUUGUACUUUAGUAGCGCGUUGCUGUUGAGUAGCUGUUUCUUUAAACGUAACCGGUGUUUUUGUGGCCUGUGUGUGUGUGUGACAUGAUUGGCGUGUUAACGGUAGUCCAUCGUCGAUUUCGCCGCAGUGCUUUGCGCUACAUGUCGACAACUACGUCGCCGAAUGCUGACAGUCCUACGCGUGCGACUUUCUGCCUGCUCGACUAUGAUGCCGUUGGGUUUGACUUGGACAACACACUGGCACGUUACAGGUUGCCGGCUCUGUUCGAGCUGAUCCACCAGAGUGUCCGCGAUUACCUCUCCACGAACGGGAGGAGACCGACCGGCAGGCUGUGGCCCAGUGCGCGCGCAUUCUCGCAAAGAGGUCUGCUGCUGGACAAAAAGCGGGGCCUCUUGGUCAAGUUCGAUGCCAGCGGGAGAGUAGACCGCGCCUUGAAGGGAUUCACACGCCUUUCGCACGACGAGGUGGAGCAAUUGGAAAAGGAGUACAGCGGGCUUACGUUCCAGAGUGACCUGCGACCGUCCAAUGAGUGGUACAAUUUUGCCGACUACUUCACUGUGCCCACUGAAACCCUGUACGCUGAUAUGGUCGCACGUGCCGAGCCAGAGGCCUCCCUGGAGCCUCUCUGGCAUGACCUUCUGGCGGGAAUCGUCCACUUCUAUCGACCGCAAGGACCCCGUGCUACAACCUUACUUCGGACUCCUGACCAGCUUGUCCGCCCGUGCCCUCAGUCUGUGAGAGAUUGGAUACGGAGUCUGCGUGAUACUGGCACCCGUACUUUUCUUCUGACUGGCUCAGAACCAUUGCUUGCAUUUGCCAUUGCAAGUCACGCCUUAGGAGCUCAGUGGCGUGAUCUAUUUGACGUGGUGGUUGUGGGUGCCAACAAACCUGAUUUCUUCACAGAUGCAUCUAUUCCUUUUCAGGUUAUUGAAGAUGAUGGUUCACAAAGGCCUCUCGGUGUUGAUGAACAGCUGGGUGCAGACUUUGUGUAUUGUGGUGGGAACUGGACAACAUUGUGUGAACGCUGGCUUGACCGUCGGCGAGCGCUCUAUGUUGGUGACUCGUUGGUGGACGACAUUGUUGCUUCACAAGGCUGCUGCGACAGUGUUGCUGUACUUGAAGAGCUGGCUGUUGAAGCUGCAGCAUCAGAGCCUGCAGCGCACGAUGGAAUAGACUAUCUUCUGUCCAAUGUGUGGGGCUCAGUAUUCGCAUCACCUCAAGGUCCAAGCUAUCUGACAAAGGCCCUUUGUGAGUCAGCAAAGCUGGCAGUGCCAGAUGUUGUACAGCUCUCCAAGCUCUCACAAAGGAUUCCAGCAUUUGAUGGAACUGUGGGCCUUUCUGGAUUCUAUCCAAGGCCACCAAAACCUUUGGUUUCUGUGCUUACACAAUCUUCUGCGGCAGGCAGUACUGAGUGAAUUGAAAAGUGCUGUUUCCGAUGUGACGGCAUAUCACUUUCUGAGAUUUGUAAUGUAAGAUUAGACCGGAAAAUGCAAUAUGCAAGCAUACUUUGAUGUCUGUGCGUGAUCUUACGGUAUAUAUUAUAGAGAUAAUAGAUGGGAUUUUCACAUUUCUGCUCCUGUACCUUUCGGGACAACUAAAACAGCCUGAAUCACGCACGGACAUAAAGGCAAACACAGUGUACAGAAAGGUGCCGGUGUGUUGCGUGUUUUUUUUCUGUGUGUAUAUACCAUAACAUACACACUAACAAACUCCCCCCCCCAAAAAAAAAAAAACAAUAUGGAUUGACAUAUAGAACAUCAGCAGGAAAUGGAUUCUAAAAAUAGAAAUAACAGUGGAAGAGACAAACAUAGAUGAGCUUUUAAGUAGCCAUCAUAUCUUUGGACAUUAACAACGCCUUCGGAAGUGUAGAAUCAAACGGUAUUUUAGCUGAACUAAACAAGUUUAAAAAGCACCAUACAUUGUUGAAAUAAAUAGACAUUUGCUUUAAUAAACGAAGCAUAACAUAUGACCUAUAUUCUAAAGAUACAUAAUUUAAAUUAAUUGAAGCAGCACCACAAGGUCCAACAUUAAAGGGACUGUCUAGCGCUCGGAAAAAUUUUUCUGAUUGUGGUGGAUUGAGAAGAUCGUUCGCCACAUCGGCGGCAACGAGCAUGCUUUUGGCCCAUAAAAAAAGGAAUUAUAUAUUUAAAGUGAUGGUGAGAAUCGUGAAAGAAUGACCACUAGCGUCACCCAACAGCGAUGUGGUCAGUGUACCGGUAGGACAGGAAAUCCUGCAGACUCAUUUUGCUUAAAAACAAACAUGUAUAACUUGAAGUUGUAUUUUACGCACCUGAGGCAGCUUUCGGUUGCGUCUGAAAGUAAUUUUUUGCUUUUCUUUUCUCACGCAUCUACAACCGGUGACGCUGCUGGCGGCGCCGUCUUCGAUUUCGUCUGCUUCAACUCAUGCGCUAUGCCAUGCGUCCCUCCACGCUGGUCGUACUGUGCCGCUGUAUUGGUGUUAGGAUGUCUCACAUGUGCUGCGCUGGGAAGGCGUGCAUUUAUCGUCUCUUUUUGAUGAAUCAACUUGGCUUGGAUUGCGGCAGCAGUGCUAAAAUAAACGCACAGACUACGAUUACAGCAAAACAAGUGUUCUGUAAUCGUAUAAUAAGGCUUUAUUUAACCGCUAGCGCGCUGAAAAUGACUGUUACAUUCAUUACAUUAGUGUUCAGCAAAAAUAAAGUAAUCCUACAGAAAUCACGUGUGCUUUCGGUUUUAAUUUUUACCGGUACUACAAUCAUCAUCAUGUCCACCAACCAGUAUUGUGGGCAUGUUUCACGCCAAUGGAAGAAGACCGAACGCAGAUCGACAAAUUCUGCUUUAAAAAUUUCUACUCACUUUCCAGAGAAACCGCUGCAAGGUUGGACACUUCAGAUGGUACGCUUUCUAUUGCGGUACAAAACAGAAAAGCGAUGAAGGACGAUAGACAGUCCCUUUAAUUAAGCCCAAUUUUUCGAAUCUAAUAGUGGCC